AUGUCAAAGCGGAAAAAAAGAUUGGUGGACCUCACGCCCGAGGAGAUCAACGAAAUUGUGGCAUUGAGGGGGAAGCUACCACAGGCGGUGGUGGGGAAACGGUUUGGGAUAGAGCAGACGGAUGUGAGCCAGAUUCAGAGACAGCAAAAAGGGAAGCUUAUGAGAGCUGAUGACAAACCGAGAGCUCGGGACGUGGAGGUGGUGCUGCCUAUUGUGUUCGGCAGCUGUGCCUUCUGGCUGGGGAAGAAGGCCGAUGAGAACGCCACACACAAGUGGACAGUGUAUGUGCGGGCAGCUGACAAUGGCGACCUUGGUAGUGUGGUGAAGAAGGUGGUGUUUCAGCUGCACCCGAGCUUCUCCAAUCCGACGCGCAUUGUGGAGCGGCCGCCCUUCAUGCUGUCGGAGAGUGGCUGGGGCGAGUUUGAGAUCGCCAUGACCAUUGUCUUCCACGCCGAUGCUUCUGAAAUGCCAGCUGAGCUCACCCAUCACCUUCGGCUGUACCCAGAAGGCAGCGCUCCGAACCAGCCUCUCAGCACCAAGCGGCCUGUUGUGGCUGAGCAAUACGAUGAGCUAGUGUUCUGCGAGCCACAGAUCGCGUUCUUCCAUCGCAUCCGCUCCAACCCCAUGGUACGGAUUCACGGCAGUGAGGAGGCCAUCACCGCCGCUGGCAACCACGCAGCGAUACCACAAGAUGGCUCCAGUUCGGCCCCUGCAGAUGCACGUAACUUGGAAUCAGAUUUGCGAGGAGAGAAUAGAGGGGACACUCUAGACCAUCCGUUGUCGCAGUGGUUUCUGCAGUUCUCAGACGAACAAGAGCUGACUGCCAUAGCUGCUGCAAGGAAGCAGGUUGCCACACUGACGGCCAAGUUAGAAGCUGAAUAUGCCUCUCUUGAAUCUGAGUGCGUGGAAUGGCAACCUCCGGCUCAGGACCCGCCUGGCUACGUCAAUCCCUUUGACGAAUCCGCUUCACGGGGAGGAUCUUCUGGCGCAGCGUUUCCGGCUGGAUUGUUCGACGAUGGUAACCGGGUGUUGAAGAUUAAGGAUGCGGAGUUUAUCAUGGCGCCGCUUCAUACGGCGUGCGAGACGCUCGCGGCGAAGGUGGUCGAGCCGACGCUGGAUUGCCUCCAGAAGAUGGUUGCGCAUCAGCAUUUGAGGGGAGAGAUGGACGUUGGAGGGACCACGCGUGAAAGCAAGCUGCUGACGCGGGUCAUGGAAUCCGUGUGCAAGUGCUACGAUAUAGCAGACGAAGCAGUGGAGCUACUAGUCCUGAAGACUAUGCUAUCUGCUGUCACAUCCACCUCCCUCCGCGUUCACGGCGAGUGCGUACUUAAGGCUGUCCGCACCUGCUACAACAUUUACCUCGGUAGUAAGGUCCCCGUUAAUCAAACCACAGCCAAGGCGUCCCUCACGCAGAUGCUCGUUAUAGUAUUUCGGAGGAUGGAAGCGGAUUCGUCGACAGUUCCGGUUCAGCCAAUCGUGGUCGCGGAUUUAAUGGAGCCCUCGGAUAGGCUAGCGUCGGACCAGAAUGUAACGCAGUUCGUUCAGUCGUUCAUUACCAAGGUAGUGCAGGAUAUCGAGGUCGCUUUUAACCCGGCGCAUACUCAAUCUCUCGACGAUGGCGCGUUUGAUCUCGCAGUAGCACCCAUCAACUCGGCAGCCACCGACGGAAGCCUAGUCGAAGAUAAGGAUAUGCUAGACGUUAAGUACUGGGACGUGAACAUGCUUGCAGGUUCAGUUACCGACCCAGCCAAGACUUUAGGCGGAGACGGGAAAGUAGUAACCGUGAAAGCCGGCGCGACUGCCGCUAUAGGGCUUCCGCCAGGCGCCGUGGCCACUGUUCCUGUUGGUUCUAGCGCAAAUGGCGCCGGAAAUCCCGUGGGAACCAUGGCGGGAGGCGGAGUGAUCAUUCCUGACGUGGAUCCGGAGAAGGAGGGCGAGGCGGAGGUGAAGAUAACGAACAAGCUGCGGCGCGAUGCGUUCCUGGUGUUCCGCGCGCUGUGCAAGCUGUCUAUGAAGGCUCCCCCGGCGGAGGGGGUGGUGGAUCCGUUCGCUGUGCGCGGCAAGGUGGUCUCGCUGGAGCUGCUGAAAAUCUGCCUUGAGAAUUCUGGCGCUGUCUUUCGCACCAACGAGAGGUUCGUGGGCGCAGUGAAGCAGUACCUGUGCCUGUCGCUGCUCAAGAACUGCACGUCUUCGCUCAUGUCCGUCUUCCAGCUCUCCUGCUCCAUCUUCUUCUCCCUCCUCACGCGCUUCCGCUCCGUCCUCAAGGCCGAAAUCGGCGUCUUCUUCCCCAUGAUCGUGCUGCGCGUGCUGGAAAACGUUGCCCACGCCAAUUUCCAGCAGAAGAUGAUCGUGCUGAGGUUCCUGGAGAGGCUCUGCGUGGAUCCGCAGAUUCUGGUGGAUAUCUUUGCCAACUAUGACUGCGACGUGGAGUCCACUGUCAGCAUCUUCGAACGGAUGGUGAGCGGGCUGCUCAAGACAGCACAGGGAGUUCCGCCCGGCGCGGACUCAACGCUGAACGCGGCCCAGGACCAGCAGCUGCGCCUGGCCGCCAUCAAGUGCAUGGUGGGGGUGCUGCGCUCCAUGGGCUCCUGGACCAACCGCCAGCUCUGCGUCACCGCAGGCCCCAAGGUCGCCGCGGAAAUCGGCGCUGCUGCUGCAGCGGCAGCCGCGUCGGCAGCGGCAACAGCAGCAGCGGCUGCGGCGGCGGCGGCAGGGGAAGGGGCGGCUCCUGUGGCUGUUCCGGAUCUUCUGUCAGGGGAUCUGCUGCCGGAUUUUGUGAAUCCCAGGACUGGGGUGUUGCCUGUUGCGAAGUCAGAGGAGGCUUUGGAGGAGGAGGCGCUUGGGGGGAUGCCUGCGGCUGGGGUGAGCAGUGGAAAUGAGAUUUCAGAGGCUUCAAUUCUGGAGCAGAGGCGGGCUUAUAAGCUGGAGCUGCAGGAGGGGAUAAACCUGUUCAACAAGAAGCCAAAAAAGGGGAUAGAUUUUCUGAUCAAGGCGAAGAAACUGGGCGAGGGUGCGGAGGAGAUAGUUGCGUUUCUGCGCAAAACAGAGGGGCUGGAUAAGACCAUGAUUGGAGAUUUCCUAGGGGACAGGGACGACAUGAGCAUCAAGAUCAUGCAUGCCUACAUGGACUCAUACAACCUCUCUGGAAUGGACUUUGACGAGGCCAUUCGAGCAGUGCUGCUGGGGUUCAGGCUGCCAGGCGAGGCGCAGAAGAUUGAUCGCAUCAUGGAGAAGUUUGCUGAGCGCUACUGCCGCUGCAACCCCAAGGCGUUCACCAGCGCCGAUACUGCCUACGUGCUCGCUUACUCUGUGAUUAUGCUCAACACGGAUGCGCAUAACCCUGGCGUCAAGACCAAGAUGAGUAAAGCCGACUUCCUGAAGAACAACCGUGGAAUCGACGACGGGAAGGACAUACCAGAGGAGUUUCUGGGCGGGCUGUACGACCGCAUCACACGGAACGAGAUCAAGAUGAAGCCGGAGAUCCUGGGGCCCGGAGGAGUGGUGUCCAAGGCUGCAGUGAGCAGUGCGGCGGGCAACGCGCUGCUGGGGCUGGAGAGCAUUCUGAACCUCAUGUCGGGACGCACGAGGGCCACCACGGAGCUGGAGACAAGUGAUGAGGUGGUGAAGCACAUGCAGGAGCAGUUCCGUGCCAAGGCGGGCAAGUCAGGGUCGGUGUUUUACGCCGCCUCAGACGUGCAGAUCAUCCGCCCCAUGGUUGACGUGGUGUGGGCGCCCAUGCUAGCCGCGUUCUCCGUGCCCCUGGAGACCACGGAGGAGGAUGCUGUCACGGAGCAGUGCCUGGAGGGGUUCCGAUACGCCGUGCACGUCACUGCUGUGAUCGGCAUGCACAUGCAACGCGAUGCGUUUGUGACGUCGCUGGCCAAGUUCACGUCGCUGCACUCCGCAGCAGACAUCAAGCAGAAGAACGUGGACGCCAUCAAGUCUCUCCUGCUGGUAGCAGAGGACGAUGGCAACUACCUGCAGGACGCGUGGGAGCACGUGCUCACGUGCGUGUCGCGCUACGAGCACCUCCACCUCAUCGGCGAGGGCGCCCCCACCGACUCCCACUUCUUCUCCGCCGCGCCGCAGCUCCCCACUCUCUCAAACACCACCCUCCCCCAACCUUCGCCCUCUCAUCCCUUCCACUGUCGUCCCUCCCCUUUCUGCACUCCCACCCACACUCAUUCCCCUCCAUACAGAGCCUGCUGCUGCACCUCCACCUCAUCGGCGAGGGCGCCCCCACCGACUCCCACUUCUUCUCUGCCGAGCUGCAGCUCCCCACUCUCUCAAACACCACCCUCCCCCAACCUUCGCCCUCUCAUCCCUUCCACUUCGUCCCUCCCCUUUCUGCACUCCUUCCCAACCCCCCACCCACACUCAUUCCCCUCCAUACAGAGCCUGCUGCUAGUAGCGGAGGACGAUGGCAACUACCUGCAGGACGCGUGGGAGCACGUGCUCACGUGCGUGUCGCGCUACGAGCACCUCCACCUCAUCGGCGAGGGCGCCCCCACCGACUCCCACUUCUUCUCCGCCGCGCCGCAGCUCCCCCCGCUCACCCAGCAGCAGCGCCCGCAGCCGCUGGAUCCCCAGGGGAAGAGGGGCGGAGGGAGGGGGGUGGCAGCGUCGGUGUAUGGGGGCGGGGAGGGGCGUGGGGUGGUUGGGGGGGGGCAGAGGGAUGCUGGGACGCCGCGGGGGAGUGCGGGGGACGCUGGGACGCCGCGGGGGCAGGCAAAGAGGUUUGGCGAGGGAGGCGAGGCUCCUGCCUGGAAGAAUGUAACUGGGAAGCUGCACCAGGUGGAGAAGCUAGUGAGGCGAGGGUCAUACGACCCACAGGGGAUGAUCGCCGGAGGACCCACAGGGGUGGGCGUGGGCGUGUCCCUCUCGCACCUCUCCCCCGACCAGGUGCAGCUGCUGGUGGCUAACCUGGGUCUGCUGGAGCAGGUGGGAUCGGACGAGGUAUCGCGACUCUUCUCCCGCAGCGAGCGCCUCAACGGGCAGGCGAUCGUGGAGUUCGUGAAAGCCCUCUGCAAGGUUUCUCUGGAGGAGCUGCGCUCGCCCACGGAGCCCAGAGUCUUCUCUCUGACCAAGAUCGUCGAGAUUGCCCACUUCAACAUGAGCCGCAUUCGGCUCGUCUGGUCGCGAAUCUGGGCUGUGCUGGCAGACUACUUCGUGACGGUGGGAUGCAUGCCCAACCUCUCAGUGGCCAUGUAUGCCAUUGACAGCCUGCGCCAGCUGGCCAUGAAGUUCCUGGAGCGCGAGGAGCUGAGCAACUACAACUUCCAGAACGAGUUCCUCAAGCCGUUUGUGGUUGUGAUGAGGCGCACUGCGAGCGUGGAGAUCCGGGAGCUGAUUAUUCGCUGCGUGUCGCAGAUGGUGUUUGCGCGCGUGGGGAACGUCAAGUCCGGCUGGAAAAUCAUGUUCAUGGUGUUCACCACAGCAGCCACGGACGACAACAAGAACAUCGUCCUUCUCGCCUUCGAGACAAUUGAGAAGGUCGUGCGGGAGUACUUCCCCUACAUCACCGAAACCGAGACCACCACCUUCACCGACUGCGUCAACUGCCUCAUUGCGUUCACCAACUCGCGCUUCAAUAAAGACGUCUCCCUUAACGCCAUAGCCUUCCUGCGAUUCUGCGCACUGAAACUCGCCGAGGGGGAUCUGGGGGCGAGUGCACUGGAGAGGGAGAAGGGGCUGAGUCCCUCUCAGGUGUCACACCUGCCGGGGCACCCGGAUGGGGAGGAGUUUACCGACAAAGAUGAUCACCUCUACUUCUGGUUCCCGCUACUUGCUGGUCUGUCCGAGCUGACCUUUGACCCGCGGCCAGACAUCCGCAAGAGUGCCUUAGAGGUCCUCUUCGACACCCUCCGCUUCCACGGCCACAUGUUCUCCGCCGCCCUCUGGGAGCGCGUCUUCGAGUCCGUCCUCUUCCCCAUCUUUGAUUAUGUUCGCCGGGCCUCCGAACCCCAGCACGGCGAGCCCGGUGGGAUGAUGCUCGGAGCCAAGAGAGGAGGCAGGGGAGGAGGAGGAGGGGAAGGAGGAGGAGGAGGUAAAGGAGGGAAGGGAGAGGCGGGAGGGGUGCUUGGAGGAGGGAGAGGGGGAGAGGGAGCAGGAGGAGGAGUGGACGUGCCGAUUCACAAGCACUCGCAUCACAAGGGCGCGCCGCUCUCCCGCCACCCGUCCACGUCAGAAGACGAGCGGCUCCGGGCGGCGAGAAGCGGCAGUCCCGAUCCGGCAUCCGAACUCGAGAUGGAUGCAUGGCUGUAUGAAACCUGCACUUUAGCGCUUCAGCUCGUAGUGGAUCUCUUUGUGAAGUUUUACAGUAAAGUGAGCCCGCUUCUAGGGAAGAUUCUCGCGCUCCUGACGUCAUUUAUUCGCCGGCCGCACCAGAGCCUAGCAGCGAUUGGCGUGGCGGCGUUUGUGAGGCUCAUGAGCAACGCUGGAGGUCUGUUUUCCGAGGAGAAGUGGGAUGAGGUGCUGACAGCACUUAAGGAAACAACAGGGACGACCCUUCCUGACCUGGCUGGGGUGGCAAUGACGGAGAUAUUCAGCAUGCACGGAGCGGCCCUCUCCGCCCCGCACACCCUCAUCCUCCUCGACUCGCUCCACCGAGUCGGCACGCACGCCCACGCCAUCAACUCAGACCGCCUGCUGCGCUCGCGCCUGCAAGCCCUCCACCUGGCGACGCAGAUGCCCGAUCCGCCGCUGCUGAGGCUAGAGAGUGAGGCCCUCCAUGCGUACCUCAGCUUGUUGCAGCGCCUGCCACGGGAGAAGGCGCAGCUGGCCAAGGAAGUGGAUGUGGAGCUCCGGCUGGUGAUUCUCUGUGAAGAGGUUCUCCGGGUGUAUGUGGGAACGUCUCAGGGCAAGCUCGCACUCAUGACUGAAGACCCAAGAGGUGCAGACGCCCCGCCCCUCCCUCCCAUACCUCUCGCCGUACCUCUCGGCUCGGCUCGGCGUCGGGAGCUGGUGGCUCGGGCGCCGCUGGUGGUGGCUACACUUCAGGCGGUUACUGCAUUGAAGGACGCAGCGUUUAAGAAGCACCUGGCGCGAUUCUUCCCGUUGCUGGCGGAUUUGUACGACGCGGGCGAGUUCAGAAGGUCCUGCAUCGCGGCCAAGUACGUGUUGCCGUCGGCAUUGGUGAGCGACGACGCGUCGCGAAAGACUCCCCUAGUGUAA